GGUCCGCGGCAGUGGUCUGCUGCGAGGCGCCGCCAGAACGUCGCGUCGGGGGCUCUCUGGUCGCAGGCAGCGAGGAAGCAGAGGACACAGCGUAGCACGCAGCCGAGGAGACCGCGACCAGCACACCGUGUCACAGGGUGCAGCCAUGGCCAGAACGUGUUUGUCGGUCGCAGCCGUGGUGCUGCUGGCGCUCUUCGCGACCACGUCUUCCACGCCCACGAAGCAGCGGCCCAACAUCAUCAUCAUGCUGGCCGAUGAUCUGGGUUGGAACGACGUGAGCUUCCACGGGUCCGAUCAGAUCCCGACGCCCAACAUCGACGCGCUGGCCUACCACGGGGUGAUCCUCAACAACCACUACGCGCCCGCACUUUGCACGCCAUCCCGAGCAGCGUUGAUGACUGGAAAAUACCCCACACAUACCGGUAUGCAGCACCUGGUGAUUCUGGAGCCGGAGCCGUGGGGCUUGCCGCUGAGCGAGAAGAUCCUGCCGCAGCACCUGAAGCGCGCCGGGUACGCCACGCACGCCAUCGGCAAGUGGCACCUCGGCUUCUUCAAGAAGGAGUACACGCCCACCUACCGCGGCUUCGACUCGCAUUUCGGCUACUGGAACGGCUUCCAGGACUACUACGACCACACCGUCAAGGCCACGAACUCGCCGUUCGCGGGCUACGACAUGCGGCGCAACAUGAGCGUCGACUACAGUGCGGCGGGCAAGUACUCCACGGACCUGUACACGGACGAGGCGGUGUCCAUCAUCCGGCGCCACGACCAGUCGCGCGGCCCGCUCUUCCUCUACCUAGCGCACCUGGCGCCGCACACCGGCAACCAGGACAACCCCUUCCAGGCGCCCGACGAGGAGAUCGCCAAGUUCCGCCACAUCGAGGACCCGGAGCGGCGCGUCUACGCCGCUAUGGUGUCACGCAUGGACAAGUCGGUGGGUGAUGUGAUGGCUGCCCUGCGAGAGAGCAACAUGCUGGACAACUCGAUAAUCGUCUUCAUGUCGGACCACGGGGCGCCCACGCACGGCAUCCACUCCAACAGAGGCUCCAACUGGCCGUUCAGAGGGCAGAAGCACAGCCCCUGGGAAGGCGGGGUGCGCGCCGUCGCGGCUGUCUGGAGCCCGCUGCUGAAGAGGACCCAGAGGGUGUCCAACCAGCUGAUGCACAUGACCGACUGGCUUCCCACGCUCUACUCUGCAGCAGGUAUGGACGUGCGCGACCUGGGCCGCGUCGACGGCGUCGACAUGUGGGCGUCGCUGAGCGAGGGCGCGCCCUCUGCGCGCUCCGAGGUGCUGCACAACAUCGACGACAUCUACGGGUACGCGGCGCUGGUGCGCGGCGGCUGGAAGUACGUCACCGGCUCCACCGGCGGCGCCUGGGACGGCUGGUACGGCGAGCCGCGGCGGCGCGGGGGCGCGGGGCUGGGGCACGGCGCCGCCCCCGCCUACGACGUGGCGCGCGUGCUCGCCUCCAAGACGGGCGUCGCGCUCGCCGGCUUCCUCACCGAGCGGCAGCUGCUCGAGAAGAUGGCCGCCGUCACCGCCGGCAACACAGGCGGUGUGGAGGAGCACCUGUCGACGCAGCUGCUCUCGGAGGAGACGGUGGCCAGGCUGCGCCACGAGGCCGAGGUGCGCUGCCCGCCGCGGCGCGCCGACAACGCCAGCGAGGCCACCCAGUGCCGCCCCAUGGAGGCGCCCUGCCUCUUCAACCUGCGCGAGGACCCCUGCGAGACCGUCAACCUCGCCGCCUCCCAGCCGCUCCUCCUGCGCAGUCUGCAGGAGGCAGUGCAGCAGUACAGGUUGACGAUGGUGCCUCCAAACAACGUUCCAGUGGACCCGCGGGCGAAUCCCGCCUUCUACAACAACACGUGGGCACCGUGGCAGGACGUGCCGGCCGCGCAACAGCCGUUCCAGAUGAAGCCUAGCCCGACCCUCAACUUGGCCGUCGUCGUCACGGUCUUCCUCGCCGUCGCGCUGGGGAUCACGUCCGCCGUGCUGCGUGCCUUCCGCACCGAGAAAGACCUCGGAAAGGAGAUCGUCAAAGCACUCGCUGUCUUCAACAUCUCUCCAACGGCAGCUCUUAAGGAAGAGAAGGCCAUGAAGAAAACUUCGGCACGGCCUUCAGAGGAUGAGGAGAAGAAAUGACCCAAGCAGUUGGGAAGGAACCGAAGUUUCAAAAUUCGAGGCAGUCGCUCAUAGCCUCGCAGUAACAAUGCUUAUGUCUGUGUGUGUGUGUGUACAGGGUGACAUCAUAAAUUGUGGUUUCUUGUCAGUUAUUUGCCACAUACACACACAAACUGCCUAUCACAAACAAACGUACCGGUAACAUUCUUGUUGGAGCUUCGUAAUUUCCAACAACUAUCCGGGUUGGAUUCCUCAAGUGUCAUGAGAAAAACUAUGAUACAUUAAAAAUAGAUGUAAGGGACUUUACGCAAAACGCUCCCAUCAGUUUCAGAACAGAGAGUGGAACCUCUGCUCUGUUGGCACUAUAUUCUACAGAACGGAAAUGUAGUUCAGACUCCAACAGAUUUGUUUUCAAAUAUAAAAGGUCACUGGCCUUUUUUCAUACACCUCCUACUGUGCAGUUCAGAGAAUACACUUUUAUAUAAUGCUCUUUCAUUACAUGCUAUGCACUCUUUGACAAUGAUCCACAGCAUAGCAGGAAAAGUGGUCCCAAUUCUUUAUAUGCCGUUUUCAGAUGCACCUUAAAAUGAAAAAAAACAGUAUUAGUUAUCAUACGAAUAUUGGUUUGGUGCCUUGGACAAAAGCAACAGAGCUCAGCAAAAGUGGUACAGUUGUCACUUUUCCCUCUCACCAGUGUGGUAACAUGGCACGUAAAACGUCUGUAAACAAUAAGUCUACACAUGAGCAGGUGAGAAUGUAUCGCAGAAUCUUAGAAUUUAACUGAAAUUUUGCCAGUGACAAAAUCACGGUCGUUCUAAAUGUGCCAGGAGCACUGCACAGCCUAAUGUAAUUUAAUUUAUUUAAAUGUUGAACAGAAUGAGAAAGAUCAUCCAUAUUUUAAGAUGUAGCUUUCGCGCUAAUGUACAAAAAUCUGGUAACCUGAGUAAAUUAUCCAAGAAGAGUUUAAAGCAACGCACCAAGAUCAAAGUGAUGUAUACAUUACUAUAAAUGUUCCUUCCAAUGAUAAUUUUAUUCAUAUUCUCUUUCUCUCUAUUACUGAAAGUUCCUUCACUUUGAACCAUUCAAUACCAGAUGUAAGAAAGAAAGGGAUAUAAAGGUGACAUAAAUCACCAUACAGAAGUAUUUUAUGGUAUUAGGUUCCUGAUCUGCUACCUCAUUUAGACUUACGUAAGAGAGGUCUGUAAUGUGAGGUAUAUUUGAUGUGAUAUAACAUGUCACUGACUGCUGUCCAUGGUCUUAAGCAUACUACAUGAUAUAUAUAUAUAUAAAAUGUGUGUAACAUAUACAUUGUAUAUAAUAGUCAGACACACUGCACUGUACAUACCAAUCAUUUUCAGCCUUUAGCUGUUGUUGCAGAUUUCAGGCAGUUGAGUAUGAAAGUGUCACAAAUUCAUUUUUCAUUUGUAAUAUUGUUCACUUCAUCGCUCAUAAUCACUAAUGUGAUAAGUUUCAUGAUUUUGUAAUUUAUAUUAUUUAUAUU